AUGGCAACGAUGCGCAAACGUAAAUACAUUUCAGAAGAUUCUACAACAAAAACUGAGGUACUCAUCCAACCUCCAUCUUCUCUUGUUACUAUUCUGUACAAUCAUCAAUCAAAAUUAACUCAAAAUGGUCAAAGAUUCACAUCACCAUUUAGUUCCACCAACGUGCGUGUAUUAAAUGAAGAUUGUCUUGUUUCAUAUAACACACUUGUUUCGUCUGGUAUGAAGCCACUUCUUCUUAACAUGGCCAAUGUAACAACACCCGGUGGAGGUUAUCGAAAAGGUGAGGGUGCUCAAGAAGAAAAUCUUUUUCGCCGUUCUAAUUACUACAUGAGUCUUGAUUAUAAUAUGGAUCAAGAACAAGAUCAAUCUAUCAACAGUAAAAGAAAUUAUUGCUCAUCUACAGGACAAGUAUUAGCCUUGAAUGUCCAUCAAUCAUUGUAUCCAAUGGAUGAAUAUGGGGCUAUUUAUACAUCAGGAAUCACAGUAUUUCGUGGUACUGAAGAUCAAGGUUAUCCUUUUUUAAAGCGACCACUAUACGAUGUUUGUGGAGUAGCAAUUGCUGCAUAUCGCGAUCCAUCUUUACACAAAAACAAACAACGACUCAUCCAUAAACUUGCCGUUGGAACUCGAAAGAAAAUCGAAACUUUAUUUGCUAUUGCUUAUAAUGGCUCUUAG